CAAUCCUAUGACUCAGUCCAGUUAAAACGAAACUGGUCCUGUGACCAGGAAAAUGAAAUGUCAAAAAGCUUUUGUGCAUUUAAUUAGCGAGAGAGUCAAACAUGAACUUUGUGUACGGCCGGUCUACAGUUGCAAUGGACACAGUGAACGAUCGGAUGAGGCUCAAGGACAAGAUCAUCGCAAAUGUGGCCAAGGCAGUAAAAAGUAUUCAGGAGUUGCACGUGUUGUCAAGCUCAGGGACGGUGAGACUGGGAAACUACGACUGGCAAUGUCACCGCCUGUGCGAACAUCUUGACCAUACACUAUUACAUGGACUGCGUCAUGUCACACCAGGCUACUGGAAGAUAGUGUCAGAGUUCACCCACAAAGAUUGCGUGAAACAGAUCAGACGCAUGAGGAAUGUUACAACAGACCUCGGCAGAGGUCGAUCAUGGUUGCUGAUGGCCCUAAAUGAAUGUCUACUGGAGAGCUACUUGCGCUGUUACCAGUUUAACCACAGUCUGGUUGAGGACUUCUAUGUAAGGGAUGCUCUUGUGCGGGACCAGGAUAGGUUCAAUGUUUUGCUGACGUUGAUAUCCGGUUUAGAAAAUACGGAGUUUUAUCUGGACUGUGAUGUUCCGUACCUGGACUUGUGCAUCUACCCACCAAAGAGUAGCCAAACGACGAACGUGGAGGCAACAGUAGACUUUGACCGGCUGUCCAUCUGCAGCAUGGAAAGCGUCCACCUGCCCACUCGGCCUCUGCCUCAGACUAAGCUGUCAAGGAAAAUAACAACUGUGUUUGAGGAUGGGGUUGGAUCCAUGUAUCGUCCCUCGUCAGACCGGGACUCUGCAAGUAUGGGCAGUGCAGAGCUGGGCACCGGUAUGCGGGAAUCCCCAUCCCUUGAUAGCGGGAUCCACUCUGACAUUAACUACCGUCAACGCAGUAUCACUCCAAUAAACAGCCUAAAUGUCUCUACUGUCAGUGAUGAAGUUGACUCUACACUUGGUGAUAAUCUUGAAGUCAUACACAUAAGCAAGAAAGGAAAGUCUCAUAAAAGUAAGAAGAAACGCAAAAAGUUUGUUUCUGUGUCGAGUAUAUCAGAACCUGAUGUAGGAGAUCAUUAUGACUCCAACGAUGGCCCUGUAAUUGAGAUACCUCCAAUAGAUGGUUUAAAACUCUCUAGUGCAAUAAUGAACAGUCGAAAUAACAAUGAUGAAGACAUUGUAGAUGUUGAAGCUAAUAAUCCAGGGAAAAGAAUCCCUGGUGAUGGUAGUGAACAUUUAAAUGAUGCUUCAAUUAACAAUAAAUCUGCUACACCAGUAACUACUCAUUAUGUUCAAGAUGGUGUCGUCACUGUUGAAGAUGAUAUUUACCAUGAAGAUGCUGGUGAUAUUAAUCAAGAAUAUGUUGAUGAUUAUAAUACACUUAAUGGGAAACAUGAUAAUAUUGAUAUUAGUGUAAAAAAUAUAAGUGAUUCUAGUGCUGUAGAUAAAUAUAAAGAGACAGAACAGGUUUCAAGUAGUUUUCUUGAUCAGUUAAAUGCAAAGGUGCAAACAAUCAUUGAAACAGGUAAACAGAUAGAAACAGAGGAGCAGAAGGAGGAACAAGGGUUACAUGACAGGGAAACUGAAGCCCAGUUUCAUACUUCCAAUGAGAAUAUAAGAGAAUGCAAAAAUACAUUUGAGGAUACAGUUAAAACAAGAAGUGACAUUUUACCAGAUAAUGUGCCAAAUACUAGUAGUCCUGAGCUAGUUUCAGAAAUACCAAGUAUAUAUAGUAAAAAGUCUGACUCAGAUUUGAGUGACAAUGAUGAGGAUGAAUUGAGCCUGUCUAUUAGUUCACACAAGUCAAAUAUUGAAGGUAGUAAGCAACAGUGUGCCAAAUCAGAGAGAAAUACACCAGUGUCAAUGUCUAAAGACAUGAACAUCACACAAAGACGUCGGAGUACCCCUGCAUUUAGUGGUCAUAGUAUGGAAAGGUCACAAAGCAGAGGUGUUGCUUUUCAUUUUUCAUCUGAAAUUGAUUCAACCAAUAGAAAAACUCCAGACAGUUUGUCAACCAAUCAGAAAAGAAGCAAAUCUGUGAUGUCAUGCUCUUCAAUUUCUGAAAGUGAGGAGGAGAGUUUGAAUCUGACUAAUCAGAAGCCAGCUUCCAGACCACUGAGCGGAGACUCAACCAAUGGGAGCAUAGCUUCCAGAAAUUCACCCAAUCCUCUACCAGGAAAUGACACUGGUAGUCUGCAUUCAACUACUGGAAGAUCAAGCUCAGAUUUGGAAGGUUCUUGUCAUCAGCAGCAGGUGUUGCAGGCUAAGGUAGAGGAGUUGAUUGUGCAGCGUAAACUGAACCAGUACACACACUUGACAUUUGGGGAGGAGGAGAUGGACAUGAAUGACCGAACAUCUCCCCUAGCCAGCUUCGUAAGACCUCGCAGUGCUAGUCUGCAGCCAGGAGAAGUAGAACUUGACAACAACACGACGCUGUACUUGAUGUUGGAUGUGCUGGACAGUGAGGAGGAAGAAACCAUUGUCAAGAUGUUCACUUGCCACGAGGGUCACACAGAGGGGAAAUUACAGACAGUAUAUGUCCUGGUGACAAACAGCUCCCUCUAUAUUCUGCGGCGACAUGACGGCAAGAAAAAGUUCACAACACAAGUCUCAAUUUCCUUCCUCGACAUAGACUUUGUCUCAAUUGGAAGUAGCAGCCAGGUCCUGUUCAUAGCAUGUAAGAACAAACGACAACAGUACCGACUCACACCCGGGGAUGAGAGAAUCACUAUUGGCAUAGUGGACUGCCUGGCAGACAGCAUGGAAAAGUGUGAUUUCCGGCCUGGUAGAUUGGAGGUUGACCCCAGUAACACCAUACAGAAGGUCUCACUACAGAAGUAUAUCACAGCAGAGUGCAAGUGUGAGGCAUCAGAGGCGGAGGUUGUGUGUUAUUCGCUGGUGCACUGGGAGGACCCGCGAUCUCAUGUGGCUUCGUGUGAGUGGGACAGGGAUGGCAUGGUUUUUUACAAGUCAAACGAGACUCUCAACAUGUUCAAACAACCAACAUGGAAGCACGGAUAUGCUGUCCUCAAGGAUGGUAUGCUGUGCCUGUACCACAGUCGGGAGGACAACAAACCAGCCCACUUUCUAAGUCUGAGCGAGGGCCAGUGUGUUGGGUGUAAGAGGGACUUCAACAAUGACCGUAACAACGUAGUGAAGAUUAUCCUACAGGACGGCACUCACUGGAGCUUGGCACUGGAGACGGAGCCUGAGGCCAACAACUGGCUCCAGUGUCUCUGUCAGGCUGUGUCUGAGGGACUGAAGAUGAAGUGCAGUAGAGCAUCAUGCAUACCAUGCUGUAUGGUUGUGUCCAAGUUCAAACUUCUAGUGUGUCACGAGGAUCUGGAGACAAACUUUAUGCGCACCCUUGGGUCUGCUAACCUGCAUGAUGUAUCUGCGCUUCUCACUGAUGAGUUCAACAAGAGCUACAUAGUACUGGUGUUCCAGUCGGACGAGGGUAAGAUGGACAAUGACAAGUGGGUCGUUUACUUCAACUGUGAACAUGAGUGUGAACGCUUUACAAAAGCCCUCUCAGACUGCUGGUACACACACUACCAGGUGGCAGUUCCAGAGCUCCCUGUAGAUGAUUUCAGCUUGCAAAAGAAGUGUUCAGACAUGGCCCAGCACCUCAGACAGACCCACCCCAUACCCUAGGCAGGCACCAUCUGCUGUUAAACUGUCAAAAGCUUCCAGUUGUUUGUGUGCACUAUUAUAUAUAACAAGUUACAUUAGCCAUACAAGCAAGAUAACUUCACAUUAAAAAAAAUGAUAUAAAAGAAGAAAUAAACCUUGUAUUUCCUAAUUAAAAGACUACAAAACAGUACUAAUGUUUUGAAAGGGAAUAUAUAAUAGAUAUAAGCAUUAAUAUGUUUAAAUUGCAUUACCGUGGUAUAUUUUUGUGUGGACAUUCAGAAAUAAGGUUGUCAGUAUAUGGUUCGAAAUCAUUUCAUGUUUAAGUAAACUUCAUCAGUGCAAUCCUUAUGGUGCUGGUGUAUUCUGUCUGUUGUAUUUUAAAAGUGCUUAUCACCAGAGAUUACAAAAGAGCUUAUGGCUACAUCAUUUUAAAAAAAUAUCAGGUAAAAGCCACGGUCUUUGAUCUUCCCAAGCAUUUAGUUUGACAGGAACUAUUACAUUUGAAAAAAACCCAGCAAGAGUAAACUCUUCCCAAGCUUUCUUCUACCAUUAGUCUAAUUCAGGCCGAGUAGAGACUUGUAAUACAAUAUUUACACCUGAACUUCCAUUCCUUAAAUGAACUGCCUUUCAGCAAUUGCAGUUAUCAUCCAAUGAACGCACCAUCUUUGGAUAUGUUCGGAUCACAAAUCAUCGCAUAACAAUAUACAUGGAAAGUGUUGUGUCAGCAGGUCCUGUAAAAAUUAAAUCAACAUUUAAGAAAGUGUUAGUUUAUGAUAUCUUCAAUGUAUUAUUGACAUUUGUGUUUCAAUUUUAUGUUUAAAACUGAUUUUAAUUGGUUGAUAUUUUCCAGCGUCAUUAUGGCGUCAUUAGAUAUAAACUGUUUCCAGUUAUAGUCGGGUCGUUCUAUUUACAAGAUGGGUGAGAAAAAGUUACUUUAAGGUUUUCUUAAAUAGAAUGAAGUAUUUUUUCAACAAUUCAAAUAAAAUAAUGAGCUAUUGGUGCAAAUAUAAGUAAUAAAAUUGCAGGAUUGAUGUCAUUAUUUGGGAUAUGAACGCAAUUGGGCUAGUCAAAGUACAUGUUCACACCCCAAUAAUGACAUCAAUUCAAUGGCAUAAAUGUUUACUGUCCAAGCAAAGGAAUAAAGCUGGUAGAAGUUUAAGAGAUGACACUUGUGGAUUUCAUUUCUGUAUGAAUAAGUCAAAUUGAAACCUGACAUUGUUGUCUGAAUAUGCGGUUUGUUCCUAAGGCUUGGGAUUAUCCGGAAUCCAGAUUUUCUGGAAAUGUAUGGCUAGUCGAGCCAGUCACUUUUUAAACUUCUUUUCCAAAUACUAUAAAAACACCUUAAAUAUAUUUUAAUUCAUAUGUUCAGGUAUCCUUUAUUAGUGUGGUGAAGCUCUUCUAACAUUUCCAUUUUUGUAUUACAUACCAGUAUAUUUUAACAUGGUUGUAUAUGUUGUAAUUAUGUGUGGGUUUGUGCAAUAACCACGUUGAGCUUCAAAUUGUAGCUGUUGUGCUUUUAUGCAGCUUUUUGCUAAAUUUCUUUUCUGUAUUGAUGACAGAAUUUGUUAUAUACAAAACAUUUAUUUAUUCUUUGGAGUAUGAAUGUGUUAGUACCUCUACAUAGUUUGUUUUAUACCCCAACAAAUGAAGUUUGAAGGGGGAAUAUUGGAGUCACCCAGUGGUCGGUUGGUCCUUUGCAAUUUUUCAUGUUUGGAGCAUAACUUGAAAACUAAUGGAUAUAAUUGGAUUAAACUUCAUACAAAGAUAGAACAUAUUGAGUGGAAGUUAGGUGUUCAGUAACCAUAACUCGGUUUUAGCUAAUUACAGAGUUAUUUCCCUUUGAUAACCAGAUUUUCUCAAAGUAAAACCUGGUUAUUAGAAUUAAAGACUUUGUUGUUCAGGCAGUUGGCAUUAAACUUACUUAGGGUAUCAAAUGAUUUUAGUUUGGUUUGACAUAAAGUAACCAGACUUGGUAUAUAGCAACAGUUUAUUGAGGCCUUUUUUGUGCUUGUGUUUAGAGACUUAGGGUCACGGUCACUGUUGCUAAAAAAUAGAAAAAUUGUUGGUUGAAAUAGUGUGACCAAACUUGGUUUGUUGGAAGAGUUUAAGGAGAUGUUCAUAGAAUUACAUUUAGUGGCAAAGGGUUAAGGUCAAGAUCACUGUUUUUAAAAAUAGAAAACAGUUGAAACUGAAUCUCACAACAAAGGCUGAAGUUCUUCAGUCAAUUAUUGAAAACCUGGUUUGGUCCCGUUGUGGCUUUUGUUACUUUUUCUUGUCCUGAUCAUAACUUGAAAACUACCAGAAAAAGCACAACAAGAGCAACUGUAGUGUAUAUGAACCAUAACUCUUUAACUUUAAGCAAAUUAAAGAGGUUUUUUUCUUGAAAACUGUUGGAUGGGAUUUCAAUCAAUAUCAUGUCAUUGAAAAGCUCAGUAAAUGGGAGUGCAGUGUACAAGAACCAUAACUUUGUUUUAGCAAAUUACACAGUUUAAUGCCCUUUUUGGUUGUCAAAAUUUUGUCUCGACAAUAACUGGAGGAAAUUUUUUGAAACUCCAUACAAUGGUAAAGCUAAGUGACAGGAAGUGCAGUGUACAAGAAUGUAACUGUAUUUUAGCUAAUUAUAGCCUUUCUACCCUUUUCUACACCGGAGCAUAGAUUUUAGAUUACUAGAUUUAAAACUUCAUACAAUGGUAAAGCACAAUGUAAGGCAGGUCAUUGUAUGAGAACCAUAACUCUGUCUAGCCCUUUGUUACUGUUUCUUGUGAUAGCAGUUUGAAUAAACUUCCAAGAUCCAAGUUGGUGAGAUGAAUGCAUGCAGUUUAAGCAAAGGAUGUUUGAUUGUAAUUCAUGAAGAUUUCUUGUGCUUCUUUGUUUAUUUCUCUGCAACCCAAAUUUUGUCCCUCAGCAUAACUGAAAGACAUAUGAAAAAUUGCAAUGUAAGCCUGUUCACUGCAUAAGAUAAAAAUCAAUCAUUUAAAAAAUGAACAAAGAAAAAAACACCCUCCCCUUGUCAUUUUAAGGUUGUAUUUCUAAAUAAUUAACUGCCAUGUCCUUUCAAAGAGACAAUUGGAAGUAUUAAUAAUAGCAUCCUGUGAUUUCUGUAGUUGAUUUUGUUAUUGGGUCUUGAAUCUUGAUGGUUUGAUAUGAUAAUAUGAAUAUAUCUUUCAUGACGCUUUUGUAAUGGCAGUUAUCAAACAUUUGCAGAUAGCAAUCUUGUCAUUUGUUUUUUUCCCUGAAAGUCGGCAUAAUAGAAUGGCAUCAUCUGACCAUCCCGCUUGUUCGAACUGUAACAUUAUCUUAACCUCUAAGGUCAAGAUCACACUUAGUGUUUGUUUAAAAUGGAAUGCUGCAUUUGAGGACAUUGAGUAUAGGUGGUCAUGUCCAGGCUGUUACUUUCUUUUGUAUGCACAGUUUUGAAAAUAACUUGUCACAUGGGAUUGUGUGUGAAAUAAUAAAACAAGGUUUAUUAGCACAACUGGUGUCCCUACCUUUAAGUUGAAGGUCACACUUAGUGUUUUUUACUAUGGAAUGCUGCAUAUAAGGACAUAGAUGAUAGAGUACAGGUGCCUAUGUCCGGGCGGUAACUUUCUCUAUUAUGGAUAGAUUUAAAAAUAGCUUGGAUAGAUUUAAAAAUAACUUGCACAUGUUUUGACAUAAUAAGACAAGGUUUAUGAGCACGACCCAUGUUCACACCAUUAAGUUCAAGGUCACACAAAAUGCUUGUUUACUUUGGAAUUUUGCAUAUAAGGACAUAAUGUACAAGUGGUUGUUUCUGGGCUGUAACUUUCUCUGGUAUGGAUAUAUUUUAGAGUAACUUGCGGCAUGUGUUUGACAUCAAGAUGACGUGUUUCAUGCAAGACCCAUGUCCCUAACCCUACGUUCAGUCCAUCUUUGCCUCCAGCUCAAUUCCCUUCUUUAUCCGUACAUUUCAUUGCAAUUUUUUUCCCUUUCUAAAUGACCCUUGAAUCACACUCUAGUACUGCUUUGGGGGAAUUCAUCACUUACAGUGAUGGCUCUUGUCAUAUUAUUUAUUUGGAUUUUAUUAGUUUUAAAUCCUUUCUAUUUCUAAAUUCAAGUCAGAUUUGUUACUAAAACAUUGAACAAAAAACAUUAAUUCUUUGCAUGAUGGAUGCAGCUAUGUUUCAUUGCUUACCUGGCCUAAGGUGUCAUUGUUAAAACACACACUAUUCUAAACUUUUAGCUUUUUCAAAUAAUUUUACAACUCAUUUAUUCUCAAAUGUUCUUAGGCUGCUUAGGCUGUAUUAUGUCCCCUGGAUUGUCACAGAUUAACAAGAGUUCUUUUCCAUUUUAUAACUGUACAUGAGUGUUAUGUUGUCUACAUGAUGUUGUGUAAAAUAAACAAAAACAAGUGUCAUAUGAUAAUACAUAUUUAUCUGAAUGAAUUGACAAUGAUUUCACACUCAUAUUAUUAUACUAUUAAUUUCAUCGAGUUUAUAUGUGCAAUAUUCUAAUGAUAUUGUUUAUGGCUUUGUUCAUAAGUAAUCUAAUAAAAUAUAAAAAAAGGAGG